GAGAGGGAGCGUGCACGAGUUACUGGAGAGAUGAGAUCAGGGAUUUAAGAGUGCACAAAAUUACAUCCACACGUGCACUUCAUGUUAUGUAAGAGCCCUGACUGUUUCGCUGUUUGCUGUAGGAUAACAGAGGCAGUGAGCGGAGUGGGAGAGCAGAUGCUGGAUGAACACACGGAGAAAUCUACAUUUUUCACUGAAAGAGAGACAGAGGAGAGGACGCACAGAGCUGCCAUUUUCAGGCAACAUGGACAUGGCUUGGACUCAGCGACAUCUUUAGUGAAAACAAAUGUGUUUCUGUGACAUUCUCUCAUUUGGCACAAUGAAUGGAUUAUGGUCAUCCAUAUUUGACUUGCUACACAGAUUUCUGUAAUAACCUGAGGACAUAUCUGCUUUGUGCUGUGGCCCCUGGGGGGCCUUCGAUGAUGACAUCAGAGUGGCGCAUGGUGUGGGUUGUGUGUGGACUGACUUUAUGGUUUCUCCACACUCACGCAGCCUCAUUGAGCCCCAUUCUGCUCAUGACCACCUCUGCUUCAUCCACUCCUGCUUCAUCCACCGAGGAGCCAUCAGCAGACCCAGAACAUCAAAAUGAUGUCCCACACAACAGCAACAACACAGAUCAAUCAACAGACCAUCAGAAUGACCCUACAGGUCCACCCAACAACAACACAGCCUCUGCAAAUCCCAUUCUGCUCAUGACCACCUCUGCUUCAUUCACUGAAGAGCAAUCAACAGACCCAGAACAUCAGAAUGACCCUAAAAAUCCACCCAGCAGCAACAACACAGGACUCAAAUGUAUGGCAUCAUAUGUUACUUCCCAUCUUCACACAGCCUCGGUGAGCCCUAUUCUGCUCAUGACCACCUCUCCUCCAUCCACCAAUGAACAACCAACAAAUCCAACAGAACAUCACACUGACUCUACACAACCACCCAUCAGCAACAACACAACACUUAAAUGUAUGUCUCUACUUCCCCCUCGACGGGGGUCAUACUAUGUGGAGCAUGGCACAGGGGUGUCUCUGGGCUCCAUGCUUAUAUUCUGGUGCAGGGAGGGCUACCAGCUGGUCGGCCAUGAGAAAAUCACUUGCCUUCUGCAAGCAGGCGUCCCUCGCUGGAGCAGUUACCUCCCAGUCUGUGAGAGUAUCCCUAGACCAAAUGACCAGGGUCUUCGCAUUGCUUUGCUGGUGUCUGUAGUGAGUGGGGUGGUCAUUUUCAUCAUGACUGUGUGCUUCAUCGUCUGCUGUUGUCAAGAACACAUGAGCAAAAAGAAGGAAAACUACCGGACAGGCAGAAGCAGGAGAAAAGAAAAGCGGAGCUCUAGAUCUCGGAGGAGCCCAUCCUGGUUGGAGAGAGAGCAAAUAGACUGGGAGGCGUUCCCGCCGCCGAAACUCUUUAGCUUGUCCCAGCGUCUCGAUCGACCACUGCCCCCUGGAAGCCCUGUUUAUUCAGAAGUCAUCAGAUCCUAUGAGAACAGAGGGUAUGAGAGGAGUCAGGAGAACCUGAUGAGGAGCCCACACACUGCACAGCCCACACACCCAGCCAACAGCCAAAUCUAUCCAGCCCUUGUUUUCCAGAGGGUCCAAGCAGAACCAAACCCAACUACCUCCUCCACCGCCCCAGUAUAUGUACAGAUUUCAACUCCUCCCAGCAACAAGACUACAUGCAGUCCUGCAGUCAACCCCUCAAUUCAUUCAGGGGGGAUGCAACCUCAUCAGCAGCACUGAAUGUGGCCAAAGUGACAGAAAACACUACACAUCUAUAGAAACUAAAAUUGAUAUGGCCUUUGUGAUUAUGAGAAGCACUUUGAUAUUUCUGCAGUAAAGCUGUACAUUUUCUGUAAAUAUUUACUUUUGGGCCUGAUUAUUCUUGUAUAUAUCUAACUAGCACAAAAGACACUUAAUUUAUCUAAUAUGUAAAUAAAAGUUUGAAUGCUAUUGUGUGACAAUAACCAAACCAAUAUCUUUUGUUUUGCACAUUUGAAAUGUUUUCCAAGGUGACCGCAGGUUUUGAUUAAUUCUUCGCUAUAGAAGAGCAAUACAUACUCCAGAAUUUCAUACAGUUUGAAACGGAGUCAUUUGUUAACUUACAAUUGACCUGUAAAAUUUGCACUGAUUCAUUUGUAAUAAAGUGUUGUGUCAAUUUAC